ACUGGCGGCUAUAUCUGUUGCUUAUGAUCAGCUGAUUCUGACUGACACUAGCACAGCACAGCACAGCAUAUCACAGUGCUAGCCCAGCAGUAUAAGGCACCGUUGCAUCAGGUUGAACACGCCAAUCUCACUCUUCCCUAAACACUUCCACUAGUAAGCAAAGAUGUCCUCAAGACCCGGAGAGGGAGAGUAUGAGCCCCUUGCAGACCGUCCACUGUUUGGCAAUGGAGAGGCUCGUCCUAGGGAUCGGAUGGUGAACAUUGUGAUAGUGUGUGUGACAGUCCUCCUAGUGUUCAUCACCACCAUAAGUGCAUUUGUAUCUGGCUCAGCCAUCCUUGAUCUGUUCUUCGUUGUGUGCAUCAUUCUCUUCUGCAUCUCACAUCUCACUUUGAUUGUUUGGUAUAGACAUGGAGACCUGGAUCCUAAAUUUAAGAAACUUAUCUAUUUCAAUACGUUGUGCAUUAUUCUUACGUGCAUUUGUGGAAACAUCUUCUUUCACACUUGAAAGAUUGCUUCUUGAUCAUAAUAUCAUGUGCCUGAUCUGAUACUUCAUGUUUAAUGGACUUGAAGGAAAUGUUUUCAUUUGUACUUUGGAAGUGCCUACACUUGCCAGGACUUUGUGCAUAAGCUUUCACGUGCACAGUGUUUUGUAGGGUUAUUGUAAUGGAAAAGAGAGAGAGAGAGAGAGAGAGAGAGAAAGAGAGAGAGAGUUUAGCAAGUAAAAAAUUAGUUUUCUACUUUCUUUUAAAAAGCAAAAUACAUAAAAAUAACAAAUAUGCUUAUAAGAAAAUUUACUUUUUCUUUUAUAUGUAAAUAAAUAUCACAUUAGAUUUGUUGCCAUAAGUUGUAAUAAAUAAUUUCAGUUGGUGGUUAUGCAAUGGUAAUUCAAGUUUCUUAAUUCAGAUUAAUCGUUGGCUAUAAUUUUUACUUUCACAAAGUGUUUUGUUCGUCUUGUAAUUGAAUGAUUUAACAUUUAAUGGAUGUGCAUAUAAUUGUGUGGUACAAGAUGUACAUGCAUGUAUUGCAAGAUGUUAAUGGUGGCACCUCAUAGUUUACAAUUUACAUACUUCUCAUCUGUUUGUAAGCACAUGUGUGUGUGAAAUAAUAAUGAAAAUAUAAUGACACUGAAUCUUAUGUGGGGAACUGAAGAAAGGUUAACCAGUUAUUCCUUUGAUGAUAAUAUUCUUUGUGACUGCUGUACUGAAGAAACACAACUUUUGGGGAAUAAGUUAGAUUUUUUUUGUCUUUGCAACAAAUGUUACAUUUCAUUUCAAAGCUGUGCAUAUAAACAUAGUUGUAUUUUUUAUACAUUUGUUUAGAUAAAGUGACUAUUGUUUUUUUUAUCUUUUAUAUAAACAUAGUGUGUUCAUGUUCUAUAUUGAACAAUUUAUAGAACUACAGAAUCUUAUAAUAAUAAUUAUCAUUACUUUUGCAAUUCCUGUAAUUUCUUUGAUAUAUAUAUAUAGAUAAAAAAAAUAAUUUACACCUUAGAAAGAGUUAAGUUUAUUUAUAAGAUUUCUGAGCUCAGUAUUAGGAUUUUGUGUUUAUGUGAAAUUACUAAGGAUGCACAAUGUAUGUAGUGUCCAAUAGAACUUGCAGCAAUAAAAUCAUUGUAUUCAUUGUUUACAUGUACAGAAUGUCACUCUGAAAAUUAUGCAAUUUAUCUUUAGUUACAUGUAUUAUUAAGAUAAGUUACAAUUUCUUGCCCCUACAUCUUGGGAGAUGUGGAAUAUAGUUAACUGCUUCACAUGCAUGAUACAAACUUGUAAUACCUUUGUGAAAUAUUUUGAACCAGUCACUUGUAGCUACUGAUUUUGGUUGGAGAUUUCACAAAAAAGGAAAGGAAUUUUCCAAUAGGCAGUCACUCAGUUAUCCAGUGUCAGGUUCAUUAUGAAAGUCUAUAGAUCUUGUCCCUAAGAAAAAAAACGUCAUGGAUAUUAGUCUGAAUACCUAUACAAUAUUAAUAUAUUUUGCUUAUGGGAGUCACAAUUGAGGUGCUAUGCACAGUAAAUCAUACCAUGUAAACUCAAAGCAUCUAAUAGGUCACCAGUUGGAUAUUUUGUUGUAUCUCUGGCUCCUGAAGAAUCCCCUAAAGGAGUAUCCAUGGCAGGAGUGCUCUAGUAUCUAAUGUAAUUCAAGAAAAAUUAACAAACAAGGUUAGUGCUUUAAAUGAAAGUUUUAGUGACACAAAUGCAUCCUGAUUUGAUGCUUUUACCUUAAACUGAGCAGUUAAAUUAUAUUGAUGAAAUAUAUCUUGUCUUAGAUUUGGUCUAGUCAGUUCAGGUCUGAUUAACAGUAUUCAAGAGUAAUGGGCAUUGAAGAAAGGGAAGUAGUGAAAUGACACAAUGAAUGAUGCUUGCAUCUGUUCUAGUUCUCAAGGGAUAUGUUUGUCUUUUUUCCCUUGUUUAAUGACUAAUUGUAACCAUAAUAUGUAUAAUGCCUUAUCAUUGUAUAUAAAUAAUAAUUAAUAAAUUUAUACCAUUGGCACAA